GAGAUUACAUAGUCAUAGAAUCUACUCGAUUGAUAAUGGGAAGAUUCGUCCACACGAGUGGACACAUAAACACGAAGACUUGUUAAUCUUUUCUCGUGUCAUUUAUUUAAAUGUUCAAAACCGAACAAUAUGGUUGAGGAAAAGAACGAAGACUGGACCUUCUCAAUAAAGGAUUUAACCGAAAAGCAGCAUGUGACAUUCACGGGGCGAGGGGAGUACUUCGUAGGGCUGACCCAGGCAUGUGCGUUAGCAGUGGAACGUGACGUAGACAAUUUAUGCGUACCCUUACUUCAUCUCACUAUCAACAACCUAGGCGGUUGCGUCAUCGCUUGUGGCAACAAGGACUUCCCAUGCGGCCUUAGCAACGGCGAGGCACUUUCUGGAGAAGUUACACUAGUCACUGGUCUUGUGCUAGACAUAGCCGAUAGACAGCUACAAUUCUUCGAAGGCCCUAUCCCGAAACCCAGAAGAAAACUCCCACGUACCCCUGGGGCAUUCAUACAGGACACCCCUCCUUCAAAGCCUGCUAGACGCACGGACCACGAACAUCAAAAUGGCGAAGAAACGGAAACCGGAAAAGAAAACAAACACGAGGAAAACGAGCAGUCUGAAAUUCAACCACACACAAUUGAACGCAGAAUGUCAGAAGAUCCACACUUUGAGCUUCAGAGCCCCGAACAAGUAGCCAUUGCAGCGGCGAGUCACUUCAUCAAACAGCUUCGAAUGUUCACCGAUGCCAAUGUUACUUCCAAAAUGGUCGACGAUGUAUUUAAGUUAUUUGUGGACACAGUUGAGUCUUGUCCCGAAGUGUUCGAGAUGUAUGUACGCGAGAUGGCCAGCGGGAAGAGCGUGGAUCGUCCAAUGCACGCGCCUGCUGUGAGGGUUAUUAUUGAGAUGCUGAAAUACACAUUGGACCCAGUCGAACGCGUGGUUCUGAUUCUGGACCUUCUACGGACGUUCUCUCACUUCGACGCCAACCUUCCUACACUGGUGCAGCUCCGGGCGUCCGCCACGGUUCUCGGUACGAUGACAGCACUCAGGGACGUAGUCGAGGUACAGCGUUACGGGGCCGAUAUCCUAGCAAAGAUCGCGCUCUACCAGCCGAGAUUGGACGAGAAGCCCACUAUUCGCGAGGUGGCAGUGGAUGUCCUACUAGCGGCCGUCCGACAGCUCAAGGCCGACCUCCAGCUGGCCAGAUCCGUGAGCAGAUGCAUGGCCAACCUUGCGAGCAGCAUCACCCAGCUGCUCAACAACAGCAUCGACAGACUGGCAGAAGACUCAGAAAGGUCAAGUCCUCUUUCACUCAAUUGCGUUUCGACUUAUGAGAAACUUUUACAACACGUGUUCAAGGAAGCUAUUCCGGUGGUGCAGACUUCUAUGAAACAGUUCAACACUGACGUCGGCGUUUGCACAGAGGGCCGGAAGCUCAUCUUUUUCUACGGAAAAUUUCCUCAACUCGAGCAGAAGUUAUCGUCUUUACAACAAGUGUGUCGGGAACCAAUUUCGGAGGACAUUGACGACAUAUCUGCCCAAUGGAAUACUGACACGGACAUUCUAUUGGUAGAAAGCUGGAAACAGAAACCUUCGGGUAUAAUGAGAAGCAAAGGAAGACCAGUAAAACAAGAGGGCAAGAAAAUCAAGUUCGUUGACCUUGAACGCAGUGACAACGCUGAAAAUGAUUCAAAUGACUAUGAGAACGAUACCAGUGGCUCGGAUAAUGAAAUGCGUGGACUGAAGGUCAACGGAAUGGCACCGAAUGACGCUACCAAAGCAAAUGGAAAUCAUGAAACUCAAGUGAGAGACUCUGUCCAGCAUAAAUAUGUAAUUAAUAGUGAUCAAUUGAUACCUGUAGUUGAGCAACAAAUAGAACAUGACUUUGUUAUUAUUAACCCAUUAGAGACCACAACGAACACAUUCAGUAAUUUACCACAAACCGAAAAUGUUACCACACAUCAAGAGGAUGCACCGUUCGAAACGGAUUCAAAACAAGACAACGGUGCAUCCGAAACAACUCUGCCGUUUCCCAACGAAGAAACACAUUUUGGCAUGCGUGAAACAGAUACAAGCAUAAAGAAAGAGUUGCAUCAACGUGCUAAAUCGGAAUCUGCAAGUGAAGAUGAAAGUGUAACACUUGAGCAAUCCCAUGGCUAUUUACCUCCAGAGGUGGUCUUUUUGGAAAAGUUAAUUCUUGCUCAGAUAACUGUAUACGCUGGAACCCUAGCUUUCCAGGGAAACGACUCUCAAGUUUUGAUGAUUAUAGACAAGCCCGUCACAGAAAUGUUAGAGUCAGUAGGCGCUAAUGCUGAGUUGGUGGCGUUUUGCAAACGGAAACACGGGGACACCACAACACUUAUGGAUGUUGACCCUUCGCUUAUCAUUAGCGUUAUAGAUGCGGUCAGAUACAAGUCCGUAAUGACUGAUCUUGUGCGCUCCACUGUUAUCGACCUCAUCAAACAUGUAUCGAAAAGAAUGCGGAAACCAACGCUGGAGAUGGCGUACGCGUUCUUGGGAGAUAUCUUCAGCGAUGAUGUUAUCGCAAACAAUAUAGCAGAUGGCACAUUUCUUUGCGAGUUGCAUGAAAGCCUACAGAACGUCAAUGAUAAACUAACACCAGCAAUAGUGGAAGAAAUUCAAAAACGAUGCGGGUUUCCGGGGCAAAAAAUCGUUAAUAGUGAACGGUCAACAACGUGACCAUCCUAUUGAAAAUACUGAGACAUGUAAGAAACGAAUGGCAGACAUAAACAGAACACUAUUUGAAGCCAUUCCAACAGAUAAAUGGUCUGUUUCGAAAAGUUCUGGUAAACAUAAAAACGUUAGAGGAAGUAUCGAUUGAUGGUAUAUGUGAGCAGCCAUACAAGUGUUCACUCGUGCAAUAAUAAUAGGAAAAAAGGGUGUUUGCUGCUGCGCAGCAUUUUUCUUCUUUCAUUUGGAUUGCAUCGUGAUUGUUCUUUUCAAACUUCGAAGAGUAUACAUAUUAAAUAUUUUAUUAUCAAUCAUUAUAUAUGUACCAUAAAUUGAAGUAAUACUUUCUUGUAAACCAAAUGUUACUAACUGACUUGUUCUCGUCCAAUUAUACACAUAUAUAUAU